UCAGCGGGAAGCGACGCGCGUCCCUGCGGAAGUGACGGCAGUUCCGAGUCGUGUGGGGGCGUUGGGUGCGAUGAGGGGAGUGAGACGGGGCUAGCCGUUGUGUGAAGAUGGAGUUUCCCGGAGGAAAUGACAAUUACCUGACGAUCACCGGGCCCUCGCACCCUUUCCUGUCAGGGGCCGAGACAUUCCAUACACCAAGCUUAGGUGAUGAAGAAUUUGAAAUCCCACCUAUCUCCUUGGAUUCUGAUCCCUCACUGGCUGUCUCAGAUGUCGUUGGCCACUUUGAUGACCUGGCUGACCCAUCCUCCUCUCAGGAUGGCAGCUUUUCAGCCCAAUAUGGGGUCCAGACAUUGGACAUGCCAGUGGGCAUGACUCAUAGCUUGAUGGAGCAGAGCGGAGGUCUCCUGAGUGGGGGCUUGACCAUGGACUUGGACCAUUCUAUAGGAACUCAAUAUAGUGCCAACCCACCAGUUACAAUUGAUGUACCAAUGACAGAUAUGACAUCUGGCUUGAUGGGGCAUAGCCAGUUGACCACCAUUGAUCAGUCAGAACUGAGUUCUCAGCUAGGUUUGAGCUUGGGGGGUGGCACCAUCCUGCCACCUGCACAAUCACCUGAGGAUCGUCUUUCAACCACUCCUUCACCUACAAGUUCACUUCAUGAGGAUGGUGUUGAGGAGUUCCAAAGGAGGCAACUUCCCAGCCAGAAGACAGUUGUGGUGGAAGCAGGGAAAAAGCAAAAGGCCCCAAAGAAGAGAAAAAAGAAAGAUCCUAAUGAACCUCAGAAACCAGUUUCAGCAUAUGCUUUAUUCUUUCGUGAUACUCAGGCCGCAAUCAAGGGACAGAAUCCCAAUGCCACUUUUGGGGAAGUUUCAAAAAUUGUGGCCUCCAUGUGGGACAGUCUAGGAGAAGAGCAAAAACAGGUAUAUAAGAGGAAAACUGAAGCUGCCAAGAAAGAGUAUUUGAAGGCUCUGGCAGCUUAUAAAGACAAUCAAGAGUGUCAGGCGACUGUGGAGACUGUGGAAUUGGAUCCAGCACCACCAUCACAGACUCCUUCUCCACCUCCAAUGGCUACUGUUGACCCAGCAUCUCCAGCACCGGCCUCAACAGAGCCCCCUGCCUUGUCACCCUCCAUUGUUGUCAACUCCACACUUUCAUCCUACGUGGCAAACCAAGCCUCUUCUGGGCCUGGCGGUCAGCCCAAUAUCACCAAGUUGAUUAUUACCAAACAGAUGUUGCCUUCUUCUAUUACCAUGUCUCAAGGAGGGAUGGUGACCGUUAUCCCAGCCACAGUAGUAACCUCCAGGGGCCUGCAACUAGGCCAAACCAGUACAGCCACAAUCCAGCCCAGUCAGCAAGCUCAGAUUGUCACUCGGUCAGUGUUGCAAGCAGCAGCAGCAGCUGCCGCUUCUAUGCAACUGCCUCCACCCCGACUACAACCCCCUCCAUUGCAACAGAUGCCUCAACCCCCAGCUCAGCCACAAGUGACCAUCCUGCAACAGCCUCCCCCGCUGCAGGCCAUGCAGCAGCCUCCAGCUCAGAAAGCUCGAAAAAAUUUACAGCAACAGCCACCUCCUCUGCAGAUCAAGUUUGUGCCUCCACCCACUCUAAAAAUGCAGACUACCUUAGUCCCUCCAGCUGUGGAAAGCAGUCCUGAGCGGCCUAUGAAUAACAGCCCUGAGGUCCAUACUGUGGAGGAAACUUCUGAGACAAUCUGUGAAAUGAUCACAGAUGUAGUUCCUGAGGUUGAGUCUCCCUCUCAAAUGGAUGUUGAAUUGGUGAGUGGGUCUCCUGUGAUACUCUCACCCCAACCUCGAUGUGUAAGGUCUGGUUGCGAGAACCCGCCUGUUGUGAGUAAAGACUGGGACAAUGAGUACUGCAGCAAUGAGUGUGUGGUGAAGCACUGCAGGGAUGUUUUCUUGGCCUGGGUAGCCUCUAGAAAUUCAAACACAGUAGUGUUUGUAAAAUAGUCCUUCGUGUUCUCAAAGCCAGCGAAGACUUAUCUACCAGGAACAUGUUCAAGAGUCUGUUUCCAAAUUACAAGCUGGGCUUCUGGUAGUGACUGAUCUCAACCCAUGAAGGUCCUUUAUGCUUCUCCCCUUUCAUCUUUCAACUGGAAGCAGAUUAUGGAACAGGGCCAUUUGAGUUUGCUGUAAUUUGGAAUUAUUUUCAAGUACAAGCCGAAAUACCAGUGACUUAAACAGAAGAAAGGGUGAAGGGAAUAUGGACAAGCAGGACAUAGGGAUAUAGUAGGAGUGGUGGUAGUAGAAAGGGUGGGGGGUUGAAGAAAUUUGUUGGUAUAAUUGACAUAGAACUUGCCUAAAAGAUUAUUAAAAUAAUGGGAGAAUACUCAACUUUGAGCCUAGAAGGAAAUACUAUUCUGUGCAUCUAUUUUAAAGGGGAUAAAGGUUGCAUUAAAAGGUUAUAACCCUUUUAAAACAGGGAACUGUUUAUUGCCAUUAUGUCUGUUUGUUGCUUGAAGAAUAGUACACUUGUUUUCUAAACAAGUACACUGGACUGUCGGGAAAAUAACAUCACCUUGGAGUUGCUUAUUUAUUUUCCUCUUACAUAGUAUUUCUGUAGCAGCGUUCCUCCCAAUCUGCAUUAUUAGUUUGAGUGCAAAAACACAAUCCACAUCCUUAAAGAGAUUUCACCAAA